UAAAACCAAACAAAUUCGUUUCCUUUUUCUCAUAAUUUAUAAUCUAGCAAAUUUCCUCUAAUUUAUAAGGCAAUUAAAAAAAAAUUAAAAAAAACAAAAAACACGGUCUUCUUCUUCUUCUUCUUCUUCUUCGUCAAACCAGACCCUACGGCUAAUUUCCUUUUCCUCUUUCUGCCGCCAAAUCUAACGCUUUAUGUAUAUAAAGCUUUCUUCUCUCUCUCUCUCCCCCCAUUGUAGGAAUAAACCUUCUCCGAAACCAUCUCUAGGGUUUCUGAUUCAUGCCUUCUCUUCGACACCGUUCUCCUCCGUCUCCGUCGCCGGCGAUGGGUCACGAGCUCAAGCAGCGCGUGAUUGCAUGCCUCAACAGGCUCGCCGACCGUGACACUCUCGCUCUCGCCGCCGCCGAGCUCGAUUCAAUAGCUCGCGGCCUCUCGCCGGAGAAUUUCUCUCCGUUCAUCAGCUGUCUCCACAACACUGACACGUCGGCGAGACUUCCGGUGAGAAAGCACUGCGUCUCGCUCCUCUCGCUUCUCUCUCGUUCCCAUGGCGAUUGCCUCGCUCCUCACCUCUCCAAGAUGGUGUCCACCGUUCUCAGCCGCCUCCGCGACCCCGAGUCAGCCGUCCGAGCCGCCUGCGCCGCCGCGGUUGCCGACAUGUCGAGCAGCAUCACAGCGACGCCGUUCUCUCUCCUCUCCGGGCCGAUUAUUGAGAAGCUCCUCCACGAUCGAGAUCCCAACGCGCAGACCGGUGCCGCUAUGUGCCUCGCGGCAGUGGUGGACGCCGCGGCUGAGCCCGACAUGGAGCAGCUGACGAGAACACUGCCUAAGAUGGCGAAGCUGCUGAAAUCCGAGGGCUUCAAGGCUAAGCCGGAGCUAUUGGGAGCCAUCAGAGGCGUGAUGGUCGCCGGCGGCGGCGGAUGCAAGGGUGUGACUGAUUGGUUGGUCCCGUGCGUGACGGAGUUUCUGAGCAACGAGGAUUGGCGCGCGAGAAAAGCAGCGGCCGAGGCACUAGCCACAGUGGAGGAGGACUUAGCUCCGGUGUACAAAGAGGCCUGUUUGGCUGUACUUGAGAGCAGGAGAUUCGAUAAGGUAAAACUCGUUAGAGAGACGAUGAAUCGUACAUUGGAAAUAUGGAGACGAGUUCAAGGCGAUGUCGAAGAGGUCUCAGUAUCACCAUCUCAGCCAAAAUCAUCCAACGUCUCUAGUGGCUACCAUUCCUUGAAGACCAAACAUAGGCUUCCAAACACACCAUCAAGCUCAGUUUCGGAUACUCUGCAAGACCAGGACAUCGAUAAUCUCGACCAAGAAGCCCCGGAUCCAAAUGAGAAGCAUCAUCCUAAGCUGAGAGUUAGACGCAAGCUCUUUGAUAAGACACAGGGAUGCAUCGAUUCGAGAUUUGCAUCCCGGAUUGUCCCAUGCAACGAUGAGGAAAACCCUGAAACCGAUACAGUGAGGACCGGGGAGGUGAAGGAAGAAUUGUCUCAGAUACAAAUCCAAAUUGCUCAGAUUGAGAAACAACAGUCCAAUAUGUUAGAUCUCCUCCAGAGAUUUGCCGGGAGCUCACAGAGCGAAAUGCAGUCCCUAGAAUCACGAGUGCGUAGUCUAGAAACAGCCCUCGAUGUAAUAUCCCGCAAUCUUACAGUUUCGUGCCUGAAAACGCGAAGAGAGACCACAAAGGAAACCGGGGCAUAGAAUCCUUGGAUUCUCCAAGCU